CUCGUGUCUGUAGCCCAUUUUGUAUCCAAGCUGGCUCCAUCUUCUGCCAAUCUUCUUCCUCCAGUGCCAGGUGCCGUCCAUACCUCAGUCAUAUGUCAAUGAAUGAAACGCAUAAAGGCAGGCAGGCAGGCAGGCUAGGCGUCCCUCACGCACUCACUGCUGCUUACAGCUGUCGGGAUCCCCCGUGUGGUCCCUCGGCUGCCUUGCUGCCGCACCCUCACCCCCACUGUGCACGUACCCGCCGCCCUCCGCCCCUUCAUGUGCCUCACUGGCGGCAUCCUCGUUGACACCCAGCGCCUCUAUGAGGCUCUGCACCUCGCUGUCGUGCACGUCGCCCUGCGCCAGCUUGCUCAGCACCGACGGCGUCAGCCGGCUGCUCUCCAAAGCUGAGCCGUCAAACCCAAAGAACCGUAGGAACUCCGCAAACCCCCGGGCAUCUUCCUCUGUGAAGUUUGAAGGCUGGCUGCUGUGUGUGGAUGGCCUGUGCGCCGCUGUAGGGUGCGGCUGGUGUGGGUGCGGGUGAGAGAGGUGGUCGAGAGCACCUGGCCCGCCGAGGUCUCGCAUCACCUCCUCAGGUGGCUUGCCGAACUCCUGCAGCUGCACCAGCAGCUCCUGGAUCCUCAGAGUCGUGGGCGAGGGGUCGGUCGAUGAAGCUCCCGUGGUGCUGGUGGCCUUGCUCUCCUGUUCCUCCUGGUCGAAGAGGGCCACCACCUGCCGAUAGAUGGACACCUGCCGCUCGUAACGCCCCAGGUCCUCCUCAGAUAUCACUUGGUCGUCCGACCCGCCCUCGUCCCUCUUUUGCCUCUGGGCAUCCAGCCAUGGCUCGAAUCGCGACAAGACCUGCCGCAUGGGCUCAUGCAGCACAUCACGCGAGAAUACGCCCUCCAGCAGCUCGUCCAAUGCCUUCUCGAAAUCGCCAUCAUUCAGCAGCCCGCCCCCCGACAGUGGCACGUCUGCUGCCGACUCUGGCCUCCUCUCCUCCUUGUCGAGCUGCUCCAGCUCCGCCUUCAUGUGACCGAGCGCCGACUCGAUGUUGGCAGCGAUGCCGCUGCUGGCGGUAUUACCGCUGCUGGGUGGGGGAUCAGCACGCGGUGGCCGGUAGGGUGAGGAGGGGGCUGGCGACGUGCGGGCUGCUGACUCGUUGACGCGUGGCGGUGGUGUGGCAGCUGCGGGAGGGGGGGAAGAGGGGGAAGGUGGCUGCUUGGGAGGUGCGCUUGACGCCGAUGCGGCUGAAGGUGGUGCAUCUUGCUGCGGCCUUGGCUGUGCUGCGUCCGAGAGUUCCUCGAGGGUCUCCUUCAGAAGGUCAUCCAUGACGAUGCAGACGACACCGUAGCGCAGCAAUGAUCAAAACCUUCCGCUCGUGCCUUCGUGGA